CCUUAGUGCAUGACCAAAGGACUUAAUUUCCAGGGUUAUUAUGUGGACAAAAAUACCUGGAAAAGAUGAACAUUAAAAACAUGGCAGGAUUAGUUAUGGUAAGUAGGACAGCCUGAUGUUUAACUUAGGUCAAGCGAGCCGUCACUCGCUUCUCUGUAGUCAAACCAGCCGUCCCUAUAUAAUGUAGUGCCCGUAUUGUGAUGAUUACAGUAAAUUCAUUGAAACUGCUCCAAGCGAGCUGACAUGAAGGAUAAACACUUAAUUCUUUCUCACUUUUUUCCCAGUAUAAAACUCUUACUCUGAGACUGAAAACUGAAAACCGCACGUCGACACAACAAUUACAUUUUCGGCGCGACACAAUUUGAUUAUUUCACGUGGUGUGUUGAUGUAACGUUAAUACUUCAUCUCCUCUCUACAGACGCAGAGCAGCGAUUCUCUGAGAAGAUGUUGAGCCGAUUCAUGAGUGGCAGCAUCAGGAAUCUUGAGCGGGAAUACAGCUGCACCGUCAGACUGCUGGAUGAUACGGAAUAUACGUGCACCAUUCAGCGGGAUGCAAAGGGACAGUAUCUGUUUGACCUCAUCUGCCACCACCUCAACUUGCUGGAGAAAGACUAUUUUGGCAUCAGAUAUGUGGAUCCAGACAAGCAGCGGCACUGGUUGGAGUUCUCAAAAUCAAUCGCAAAACAAAUGAAAUCUCAGCCUCCGUUCACCAUGUGUCUGAGAGUCAAGUUCUACCCUCCUGAACCUGCGUCUCUAAAGGAGGAAAUCACUCGAUAUCUUGUCUUCCUGCAAAUCAAGAGAGACCUCUACCAUGGUCGGCUCCUGUGUAAAACCUCCGACGCGGCCAUGCUGGCUGCACACAUCCUUCAAGCUGAGAUUGGUAAUUACGACCCCGGGAAGCAUCCUGAAGGCUACAGCUCCAAAUUCCAGUUCUUCCCGAAACAUUCAGAGAAGCUGGAGCGCCGGAUUUCAGACAUACACAAGACAGAGCUGAUUGGACAGACACCUGAAACAUCAGAGCGAAAUUUCCUGCAGAAAGCCCAGAUGCUGGAGACAUAUGGUGUUGAUCCACACCCAUGCAAGGAUGUGUCUGGGAACCCAGCUUUUCUUGCCUUCACACCGUUUGGUUUUGUAGUGCUUCAGGGAAACAAGAGAGUUCAUUUUCUCAAAUGGAACGAGGUGACCAAACUGAAGUUCGAAGGCAAGACGUUCCACGUAUAUGCAAAUCAGAAGGAGGAUAAAAAGAUCAUCUUGACGUACUUUGCGCCCACACCGGAGGCCUGUAAGCACCUUUGGAAGUGUGGAGUGGAGAACCAAGCUUUCUAUAAGCUUGAGAAGUCAAGUCAGGUUCGCACGGUGUCCAGUGGCAACCUGUUCUUCAAGGGCAGCCGUUUCCGUUACAGUGGACGAGUGGCAAAAGAGGUGAUGGAGCAGAGUGCCAAAAUCAAACGCGAACCUCCAGAAAUACACAGGGCUGGCCUCGUGCCCAGCAGAAGUUGUCCAUCCAUCACCCACGGGCCUCGCCUCAGUAGUGUACCUCGCACACGUCGGAGAGCAGUGCACAUAUCGAUCAUGGAGGGUCUGGAGUCGUUGCGUGACAGUGCCCACUCCACACCGGUGCGUUCAGUGUCGCACGGGGAAUGCUUCAUGCCACGCUCCCGGAGCCAGGCCACAGACGCCAGCGAGAGGACUGCGGUGAUCUCGGACGAGGCCUACAGCCCGUCCGACAGCGUCCUGCCCACCCCGGUGGCCGAGCACAGCAUGGAGCUAGCUGUCUCGCGCCAGAUCAACGGGGCGCCCUGCAGCAUCGAGGAGGAGAAGGAGUCGGAGGCGGGCACCCCGCGCGGGGAUGGGGGUGAUUUUGGUGCGGACGGUAGAUCUGCACAAGAGGGUGCAGGGGGGGACACGGCCCUCAGCGAGGUGGAACAGGUGAAUAAAUUUCUCUUAAGUGUCCUCCGUUUGCUCCUUGUGACCAUUGGACUCCUCUUUGUUUUGCUCCUCCUCCUCAUCAUCCUCACCGAGUCAGACCUUGACAUUGCAUUUUUACGUGAUAUCCGCCAGACCCCCGAAUUUGAGCAGUUCCAUUACGAAUACUUUUGUCCCCUCAGGCGGUGGUUUGCCUGCAAGCUCCGCUGGGUGGGCGGGUUGCUCAUUAACAAGUGAGAGUGAGGUCGUAGAGUUCGUAAGCCCAUUCGGGGGUCUGAGAUGACGGUUAGGACUCCGGAGUGAUGGAGGGCAGCCUCGUCCCAACCAUGAACCCUGCUUCUCUCAUCAACCUCCUGCAGACACACAGCUUGGACCACUCCUGGUAACACCGGGCCAGGAUCUCUCCUCUCCUCCUCCACUUUGAGUUAACACCCCUACCCACUCAACCACCUCCUCGUUUUCGCUUAUUUUACUCUUUUUUUCUUCUUCUUUUUUUCUACAAAGCCAGAGGACAUUUUUUGCAUUUUUUUAAUUUCAACUCAUUUCAGGUAUUUUAUUUUUUCAAAUAACACAAAGGAAAAAAAUUAAAACUGAAAUCAAAGAACUGAAAAACAUUUUUAAAAAUAGUUCCUUUUAGAGGAACGGGAGAUUUUGUUGCAACGGAUGAACGUUGCCUUCAUUUAUUUAUUGAUUUUAAACAUGUUUAUAUUUGCGUAAGAUAAGGAGAAGAGCGAGAAGAACGAGGAAGUUGAUUUGUCAUUAAGAUGAAGAUGGAAGUGAGUUACGUUAGAGCAGAUAGGUCUACUGCUGUGAAGUAUAUGAGAAGCAAUGUAGUAUUAUGUCUUAUAAUAUUGAUUUAUCCCCAUCAGAAGUCAAAUAGACAAACAGCAGUUUCACUUCUGCAGGAAAAAACAGAAAAAUCUGAAGGAAAUAACAGUGAAGGUUCAUGAAACAGAGAGCAGACAGCGUGAUUACCAAAUGCCUUUUUGAGAAGAUGCUGAUGACUGAAUUUUGUGGAUUGUUUUAAGACACAAUUACACUUUAGUAUACAAUGGUGUACAAAGUCAACUGGUGAAGACAGGGAUACAGUAAAAUAAAGCAGUACUAAUAGUGUUAUGUGACCCAGUAGAGUCAGAUGCGGUUAGAGAAAUAUUUAUUUGAAGAGCAAAGAUUCUCUGGCACCAAUAGAUUAUAGUCUAGAUAGAUGUGCAAUGAACAUAUGGUUUUAAUAAUUAAGUACUUUUGAAUGUGCUCAUUUGUUCAGCUGUUCUUUUAUUUCUCAAAUUAAUUUGAUUUGCAUUUUUUCAUCAAGUUGAAAUUCGAUGAAUUUCAAUAAUUUCUUUGUAUGAAGAGUUUAUGAUUUAUUUUGGUUUCAUAUUGACCUUGCUCUUAGGUUUAUGUAUCAUACUAUAUUAUUAUUAUUAGAAUAAGAAUACUGAUGUACUUUUUGUACAAAUUAGUUUGUUUCCUAAUAUAUAUUGACAGGUUUUCCAUGUAUAUUUUAACAGAACUGAAAUGUUAUUUUGUUAUUGAAGAUUAAAUUAUACCUUUUUUAGCGCUGUGUUUAAAGUAAGGUCAGAAGCAUUUAUGGAAAUGUGGAAGUGGGGACUAAAAAACAGGGUUUUUAUCCAGAUCCACUAAACACUGAUUACACCUCUCAUCACUCCACCAGCAGUGAAUCAGCCUUCAGUAUGUGCGCAAUUUUAAUCAUGAUUUUAAUGAAAAUGUAUUUGUACAGAACAAAAUCUGGAAAUCUCAUUCAACCACCACGAAUACCAAAUAAUCCAAAAGCACAUUUUCACCUUCAUAACUUGAUCAUAUCUUAUUUAACUUGAACCAUUUGGAGAGGUGACUGUGAGCCUGACCGACACACAUCUUCUUUGACCCAUGGCCGAUCCCCUCACCAUAUUUUAUUUUAAAAAUAUGAAGCAAAACUGGAGCUGAAAAGAUGACUAAAUAAUUUGAUAGAAAAUUAAUUGGCAGCUAUUUUGAUAUUCAAUAAAUCAACAUAUUCAAGCAAAAACUGUCAAACAUUUUCUUGCUUCAGCUUCUUCAAUGUGAAGAUUUUCUGAUUUUAUCUGUUUUCUAUCACUGUCAAUUACAUAACAUUGAAAGCUAUAUUCAUUUCUGAGACAAUGGGCAUUAUUAACUAUUUUCUGACAUUUAAUUGACCAAACAAUUAUAAAAAAUAAUAUUUAAAGUAAUGAGCAGUCUUACUGAUAAUACAAAUUGUUAGCUGUAGCCCUAAACAAAACAUUUUGUCACUUAUACAUUAAGAAUGAGAAAUUAAACGGGACCGAAUGUGACAAUGGAGUCUGCUUCACAAACUCCAAUGUAUAUUGAUGACAUUCUGUGAAUGAAGUACUUACUUUAGUUGUCAUAUCGGCCAAAAAACAGUAAAAGCAGACACCAAUAUAUCCGUGGUAAGACAAAAACAAUAAAUAUUAUCUGCCCUUAUAUUUGUCGGCCAGGCUCGAGACUCUUCUGCCUCACAGCUCCAGGAAGCAAUAACUGCCACAGCUGCUGGAUUCUGGGUAAAGUCUGUUUUUUGUAAUUGCGUGUCGACCUCCUGCACCACGUGCAGGUGUAAGUGUUACUGUGUCUGUAUGUAGGAAUGGAAACGAGACUCGAGGUGGUAGUGGUGACGGUUCAGAGGGAGAGAAAUAAUUAAAAAAAGUUUUAAAAAUCUUUUACAAAAGGUGAGAAGGAAAAAAGAAAGAAAUGGAAUAAGAAAGAGGUAGAAGGAUCAGAGGCCUCUGAGAGGACCUUUGAAAUUUAAAAUUGGGAAUGGAAGGCACUUGGUGACUCAUCACUCUAAUGGCUGUACAGGGUCGCUUGUUUUUGGCCUGUUAUUUCAAACGCAUCACUCUCAUACCAGCACCUGCAGCUGCUCCACUGAAGGCCCGAUGGUGCUACCUUCUUUGUUUGCCCCUGUGUAAUCCGAACGCCUCAGUCUUUGGCUUAAAUAUGUAGUCCUGACCACAGAGUAGCAUACACUUUGGCGUUGUGGCUGGAUCCACUCCUGUAGCUCAUUAUCCUUCACUAGUUAUCUGUGGUGGACGGAGCAGCUCUGACAUUUCCCAGCACGAUGCUAGGGGAAAUAUCAUUAGAAUCAUUAGAGCUAAGUUGGCAAGAAACCUGUCAUACAUACAGUGUUGGAGCUCAUUUAUGUUAAUAAUUUAUUACUCGGAUACAUCCAGUAAAUAGCAAUGCAAAGAUGAAGCACAUUUUUCCCAACAGUGGGUUGGAGCAGGGUGGGCGGGUUGACUUUUUUUGUGUGUGUACAUUCAUACUUCAUAAUUAUUACUUCUUUACUGACAUAAAGGUCAACAUGACCAACAAGUCCAGCCUGGCUGAGUUGUUAGCAGGGCACCUUUAAAAGGUCAGUCUGGCAGAGGUGUUUCUCAUAUAUCUAUCAGCAUUAUGUAGCUUCAGUGGUCUCUCUGAACAUGCAAAAAUUUAAAAAAGGAAGAAAAAGGCAGCACUAUUCAAGGAGCAAUAAUCAGCUGUAAGAGCAAAAUGAUGUGAUUUACAAACUUGUGUAUGAAAAUCCAACAAAGUCAAAUAUGUCCUUUCUGUUCCUAGAAAACCACUUACCAGAUUGCUGUUGUGCUGACUCUAACAAUAGUGUGACCACUGAGACACUUAGUUCCUGUUCAUUCAUAAAAUAACAUUUUAUAAAAAAAAAAACCUUUUCCUUUUAGAGACCUCUUGUGUGGAUGUUUGUUCUGCUGUUUUCAUUGGUAAGUGACGGAUUGUUCCCCCGUGCCUGGAUCCUAACUGCAGUUUACCAAAGUAACAAAGAUGAAGGAAUGGAGAAUGAAAGACAACAUCCCUAACGACUGUACCACAGAUUGCUCCAUCCUUAAAUCUCCCAGGCCAAGAGGGAAAAACUGUUUUUUGUAAUGUGCACUGGGCAGCACGAAGUUUCUGUCUUAAUUUGUCUGUACAGGCUUCCUGUGACAAACAUUUAGUUUUACAUUUCAAUUGCUGUGUCAUGUUUACAUAUUUUACAGUUAUUUUUUCUUAAUGGGAGAUGGCUGCAGUUUUGGCCAGAUGUGAUGUCUGAUGAACGAGUGACUGUCAUCCAUGGUUUAAAAAAAAAAAAAAAUCACAAACAGCUCUCUGAACAGCAGCACUGGAGGUGCAGCCAUGCAAUAACAUGGUGCAUUCCAAGAUGAAGCAUUGAUUCUUGUGUUUGAAUUUAAUACACAGGAUGGCUCAAUAACAGAAACACCCACAUGGUAUAUUGUAACAACCAAGCAACAAAUCCUACAAGUGUAAAACUUAUGGUCAAUUUAUAUUAAGGCAUGUCAAAGGGAUGUUUAGGAUACCUUCUGGGGUUGUACUUUAUGGUGUCUUUGUGCUGGACUGAACUUUACUGUGAGGUGUUUUUUUUUCUUUUUUGUCCACUCUGUUUUGCUACAUAUCUUCAUCAGAAAUCUCAAAAACAAAUGACAUAAUCAGGACUUAAGUUGCAAAAAUGGUCAUGGACUGUCCUUUAAACAUAUUUUUCAAAAAGCUUUUUAUUAAUGUUACAAAAAUUAUCAGUUGAUCAAAAUCUAGUGAGUUAUAUGCAAUUGGCUACCUAAAUUUUAAUUCCUGGCCAAAACCCGUCGCAAUGAAGUGGCUAAUGCAUGUAGAACUGAGUGGUUGAUAUAUGAAAUGACUCGUAACCGAAGACAUCUUGAUCUGCUUUUUGCCCGUCAGCUCCCAGUAGGCAGACCCUCACACAGCCGCGCAUACACAUCUAUAAGUGUAUAUGCAUAUCCAUGUCUGGUGGUGUGUUAUGUAGUCUGCAUCGUUCUAUCCUGGGAUUGGAGAUUGCUGUUUAAUUACGUUAUAUAUACAAGUAUAUAUAUAUAUAUAAAUCCAUGUGCCAAAUCCAGUUCUUGUUCAGUCUGAUCCAUUCCGAACCAUGUUUGUACUGUAGGUAACCUUCUGUACAAGUCAGUAUAAAAUAUUGUUUCUCUCCAAUAGUCCCUUGUAACUGGUGCCAUUAAAUAAAACUAUUCAAACUUGAAAUAAACAUUGAAUAAAAAUGUGA